AUGGACCCUUUGGACCCGGGCUUUGCAAAGAUCGUCUUGGCUUUCGUGGGUACUGCCGCGGCGCAGACCACGACGGUGGUCGAGGUCGGGAAUCCUUAUUUCGGAAACAACCCUUAUGACGCCUCCGUUGUGGAUGCCAAUCCCACCGCAACAACUUACGCCGUAUACUGCCAGAAGAACAGCGACACCUACCAGUGCCGUGACGACCCCGCCGGUCUGAUUCUCACCCUCGUGGGUGGCCCCUCGACCGUUGAGGUCCAUGUCGAACGGCCCAAGAGCAAGUACUCGGAAGAAUUCAUCGGCACCAUCUCGGGCGACCGACUGGAUUACCGGGUCAUCGCUACCCUGAGCGGGCAGGUCGUCGCCACGACCGAUGCGGUCCUGUUGCCCGUGACAAACCCAGACCUACGCGCGCCUCUCACUGUCACUGCCGGCAUCGAGAAGCUGCAAGCCCAGGCCACCACGACGACGAUAACGACGACGGAGCCCAGCGGCGCGCAGACCGAUCCGACUGCGACCGGCGUGGAGGCCUCCCCGACGUCCACCCCGAACACCGCAGCGUCGCGGGCCACUCGUAGCGGCGUUUUGGUCGGCUUCGCCGGCGCUGCCGCCGUAGCGGGAGUCGUGCUGUUCUAG